GUCUCAAACAAGACCAAUAUUUCCUAUUUAAGGGCCCAAUUUUCCUCCAUUUCACCUUAGACUCAACUUCAUCUUCAUCUCUUUUACACACAUCAUCUACUUCAACUCUUCAUCAUGUCUCAAAAGCCCACUAUCGUCUUUGUGCCCGGAGCAUGGCACACCCCCGAGACUUGGGAUAAAGUCAUUUCAGCACUUGAGCCACAUGGGUUCAAGUGUAUCGCCGUGGCACUUCCAUCAACAUUGUCCGUUUCCGCAACUUUUCCGGAUGAUAUCAAAGCUGUUCAAGACUCAAUCUCGGCCGAAACCACCCAGGGACGUGAUGUCAUCGUGGUGGCCCACUCUUAUGGUGGUGCGGUCGGCGGCAGCGCCCUCAAAGGCUUCACCUCUCCACGAGACGGCUCUUCAUCCAAACAUGGUCACGUCAUUGGAUUUGUGUUGAUUGCUUCUGGGUUUUCGGUGGGCGGUGUUACGUUUCUGGAUGCCCUUGGUGGGAAGCCGCCGCCAAUCUGGAAGGAGGAUACAGAGACCGGUUUGGCUAUUCUUGUAGUUGACGAAAGAGAACUCUUCUAUCACGAUCUCCCAGAAGAGGAAGGAAACUACUGGGUUGGAAAGCUUACAAAGCAGUCCAUGAAGGCGUUUACAACAGGCGCCGAUGUCGGUUACCCAGGCUGGAAGGAGGUUCCAGUCUGGUAUCUUGCGACGACGGAGGACAGAUCGCACCCAACAGAGGUGCAGAGAAUGAUUGUGCAAGCCGCAAAGAACGACGGAGGUGAUGUGACUCUGCGAGAGAUUGCGACCAGCCAUUCGCCAAUGUUGAGCAAGCCUAGCGAAACUGCCGACAUUAUCUUGGAGGCAGUGGCUGCGAUGACCAAAUGAGCGAAGAUCAUCGGUUUGGAGGUGGAAGGAGGAGAUCAUGUAUGUGUAUAUGACGCACAGUACAAGGCUGGCGAUGGGAAGCUCGAACAUGUCAGAAGGAGUUUCGUAUGCGAAAAAUUCUCCUCUCUUUAGAAAUGGAUCACUGCGACCCCGGAUGGGGUUGGCUUUAGCUUAACAACAAAUCUC